CAGGCCCCGCCCCCGGCCAACCCGGAAGUGGGCGAGGCGGCUCCAAGAUGGCGUCUCCUCCUCCGGGGGGCCCGAUGGCCAUCGCGAUGCGGCUCCGCAACCAGCUCCAGGCCGUCUACAAGAUGGACCCGCUGCGCAACGAGGUCAGGCCCCGGCGGGACGGGGACGGGGAAGCGGGGGCCAAGCGGGGGCGCCGGGGGCCGGGGCGCAUGCGCAGCAGGGGAGCCGCGGCAGCGUGCGCAGAGGGGGCGGAGCUAAGGAGAGUCCCCUCGGCUUCUGACCCCCUGAUUGGUCGAGGGCGCCGACUGGAGUUCUGGGGUUGGGCUGGAUGACCCCGUGGGGUCCCUUCCCUGUUAAAGGCGCAGGAGCCGCACUCCUGUGGGGGGUCAUAGGAUCCCAGCAUGGGAGAGUUGGGAGGGAACCCCGAGGGACAUCUAGUCCAGCCCCCUGCUGCGCAGGCCCCUUCCUUCUCUCGGGUGCCACCUGCCACCACCAUGCGGGGGGCCUGCGUUUCUGAGGACGUUGCCUUCACCCAGUGCCGCAUUUACGUACAAGCUCAACAAGCUCUGGCUUGGGGGCCCGCUCUCUUGCGGCCCCCAAAAAAUUAAUGGGGGAAAAACCUGGAUGUCCGUUUCCAAAAUAUAAGAUACAAAAUAAAUGAAAUACAACCUACCUACAGCAACAGGGUUUUGUGUUGUGUAGGCUCCUGUCAUGUAAGUCCUGGGCCCCACCUACUAGUUUGCUCCCUAAAAUAUCACUGGUUUGUUCCUUUCUAUAUAUAGGGCACUGACAUUCGGCAUGGACUGGUUGUAUGGUUUUGUUGUUGUUUAGUCGUUUAGUGGUGUCCACCUCUCCUUGACCCCCUGGACCAGAGCACACCAGGCACUCCUGUCUCCCACUGCCUCCCACAGUUUGGUCAGAUUCAUGUUUGUAGCUUGGAGAACACUGUCCCACCAUCCUGUCCUCUGCCGUCCCCUUCUCCUUGUGCCCUCCAUCUUCCCCAACAUCAGGGUCUUUUCCAGGAGUCUUCUCUUCUCAUGAGGUGGCCAAAGUCUUGGAGCCUCAGCUUCAGGAUCUGUCCUUCCAGUGAGCACUCAGGGCUGAUUGCCUUCAGAAUGGAGAGGUUUGAUCUUCUUGCAGUCCAUGGGACUCUCAAGAGUCUCCUCCAGCACCAGAAUUCAAAAGCAUCCAUUCUUCAGCGAUCAGCCUUCUUUACAGUCUAGCUCUCACUUCCAUACAUCACUACCGGGAAAACCACAGCUUGAACUAUACGGACCUUUGUUGGCAAGGUGAUGUCUCUGCUUUUUAAGAUGCUGAGCAAAUGGCUUGAGGUCCAUCAAUGACCAUAGAGCAUCUAUUCAACACAAAAAACAGCGACAAUUUGUUGCUGACAAAGGACAGCUGGACAUAGAAAGGGCCCCAUUAUCUUCAGGAGCUGAGGGCUCAUAAAAUCUAAAUCUGGCCCUGCCUUAACCCCAUUAGCACCCAUGCCACCUUCCUGGCUACCUCAAAGUGUGGCAUUAUGGGUUGGAUGCUGUAAAAAGAGUCUUGUGGCAGAUCAGCCACAGACAGAUUCGCUUCCUACAGAUAUUUCAUUUUGUUUCCUGUUUGUAAAUGCCACCUUCCCCACAAGGAGCUCUUGGUUCUCCCCUCUUCCAUUUUACCACAACGACCCUGUGAGUUUCUUGGGUGAGGGGGGACUCGAACCCGGGUCUCCCAAUUCCCAGUCCAACGCUUAACCAUUGCACUGCCCUGGCAUCUUCAGGGGCUGCCGGACGAAGUGACAUUUAUGGACAAAACGUGCUGGUCUUUCAGGUGCCGCAAGACUUUGUCCUGAGAAGAGCAAGUUGUCGCUGGCCCCAUUUCUCAGGCAGGCAAACUGAGACUCACCAAACUGAGCUGGCCAAAGGGCAGCUCUUGAUUUCAGAGCCGGCUGGGAGGAAUCUUUGGCCUCCAGGUGUUGCAGAACUACAACUUCAAGCAAGCGCAGCCAGUGGCCAGGAAUGAUGGGAGUUGGAGUUUGUUGAGCCAGGCGUCCACUGGAGGGAGAACUGGGCGCUAGAAGCCUCUCAUGGCAAAGGCAGGCAAACUGCUCACCUGUCACCAGGCAGGUCCGGACUUUGGCAUCCCUCCCUCUCUCGUAGGUCAGAGGAAGAAAGUCCGUCUUUCCACAGCGCAGAGUUAAACGGUGGAACUCACUGCCACAAGAGGCAGUCAUGGCCACCAGCUUUGAGGGGAGAGGGCUGCUCUUGUACUCGGAUCCUACCCCUUUGGGUCUCCCUGGGAGAUGAGGACACCCUGCCUGAUGUGGGGACGGUUUAAAUGGGCAUAAGGGCACAAGAACAGACAUUCUGGGAACGGCAUCAAGUCAACCCAAUAUUCAGAGGAGAUGCGGAAAAGCAAGGCCGAGGACUUGAGGCGGGACACGAUCCGCAGGGGCAAAGGGAUGUUCACGGAGCCCGUCUUCAUUUGGGGAGGCUUGUUCUGUGGCGGGGGAGGGGGGUCUAAAGGAGAGAGGGAAAUUUGACCAAGACUAGAGAAAGAGGCCAUGGCAGAGGCGGGUUUUGAACUCGGGCCUUUUAGAUCUGGACUUGGGCACAGGGAUAAGAGGGUGGGUCAAGCUGUCCCUCCAGCAGGCUGGUGGGGGCCCCCUGGGACCCGUCUUUCAAACGGGGGGCUAAGGCUUUGAGCAGUGGGCAUUGGACUGGCAAUGGAGGGGGCUGGACUAGAUGACUCUGGGGGUCCCUUCUCAAACUAAAAUUCUCUGGAGAGAGAGAGGAGCAGCUCUCUUGGCCGGCUGGGAGGGAGGGGCUGAGGAGCUCCCCCCCCAUCUGUCUAAUCCAGGGGUCAGCAACCUUUUUCAGCAGGGGGCCGGUCCACUGUCCCUCAGACCUUGUGGGGGGCCGGACUAUAUUUUGAAGGGAAAAAAUGAAUUAAUUCCUAUGCUCCACAAAUAACCCAGAGAUGCAUUUUAAAUAAAAGGACACGUUCUGCUCAUGUAAAAACACACCGUCCUCAGGCCGGAUUGAGAAGGAGAUUGGGCUGGAUCCGGCCCCCGGGCCUUAGUUUGCCCACCCAUGGUCUAACUAUGGUCUAACUCCUCCCCAGGAGGAGGUGAGGGUGAAGAUGAAGGAGCUGAACGAGCACAUUGUCUGCUUCCUUUGCGCCGGAUACUUCAUCGACGCCACGACCAUCACCGAAUGCCUGCACACCUGUGAGUAGCAGCAGGGAAAGCGGGGGGGGGGACCGGGGGGGAGGCAUGUUCCUGACCAAAGAGAGGUGUGUUAGUAAUAAAUAAUAAUAAAUUUUAUUUAUACCCUGCCCACCCCAGGCAGAGCCAGGCUCAGGGCGGCUAACACCAAUAAAAUUGCGGUAAAAACAUAAUAGGGGGAAGGGGGAAAACCCAAUUUAAAAUACAGGUUAAAAUGCAGCCCCAAAUGUAGCCGAUAGAUCAAGACCAUAAGGGGAGGGAAAUAUAAGGGUCAGACUUGAAUCCAGACCUAAGGCCAGGCGGAGCAGCUCUGUCUUGCAGGCCCUGCGGAAAGAUGUCAAAUCCCACAGGGCCCUGAUCUCUUGUGGCAGAGAGUUCCACCAAGUCGGGGCCAGUACUGAAAAGGCCCUGGCCCUGGUUGAGACCAAUCGAACCACCUUGCGGCUUUUUGUCAUUUGUGGACCUUAAGGUCCUCCGCGGGGCAGACCAGAAGGAGCAGCCUUUUGCCGAUGAGGGCCACCUUCCCUUGGGAGGAAAUCUGCCAGGGGCCACAUGCCAGCAGUAGGGGGGCCAAAGCAAUGGGGGGGGGGAGGCAGUGCAGGUGGAGGUUGUUGCUCUGAAGUUAAAAUCGCCCCACCCCAAACUCCUCCUCUCUCACACGGAAACCGCGAAAGGGGUGCUCCCCCUCCUUGCCUGGAGGGAAACGCUGGAAAGCAGAGAUUGGGGGGGGGGGCCGUGUCUGACAUGCACAAGCAGGAAGGGGGGGAUUCCCUUCCAGAGGGUCGUCUGGCCCAAGCGCCAUCCCUGUGGGGGCUCAGACCCCCAACCUUCUGGUUAACAGCCAUCUGAGGGCGAGACCAGUGGUUCCCAACGUAGGUGGUAGCGCCCUUGGGUGCUGGGGGGGUGCUAAGAGACAAGGAGGCAACCGGGGGGGGGGGGGAUGCUGGGGGUUUAAAUAACUGUCAGACUGGUAUCACUGGUCCACACAUUCAUCAGUUUCAUUGAAUUAAUCUAAAUAGCUUCAGCUGGAUUUUGAAGAAACGUUCAACUAAUUGUAACUCUUUUGGGUUUUACUGUAUUAUCUUGUUUGGUGGGUUUUGGAAACUGCUGUUUUGAAAGACACUUUUCAUAGGGUAGGGGGCAUUGGGGAUGAGCCUGUGGAACCAAGGGGGAGGGGCAGGGCCAUAGCUUGGGAGUGGUGAGGUGGGCCCCUGCCAGGGCCGCAUCCGAUGGGCGGGGGUGCAAAAUUGGCUAAAAGUAUGUCCGCAAAUAUAAAUAUUGAUUAUUGCCUCAUUAGAAAUGGUUUUAAAUAGAGGGUGAAUUGAAUGGCUGGAAGGGGGUGGGGGUGGAGGAGAGAUGGAAAGAAGAGCUCAUUUGUCCGUGGCUUGAGGGGGGGCGCAAUCUGGACAGUUCUGCCAGGGGCGCAAGAUCACCCGGCUCGGGGGGGGGGGGGCCGGAAAGGUUUGGGAACCUCUGAAGCUGAAAGAUCAAUGGGGUUUCCUCUCCUGGUCAUUCCUGUGGUCGAGAGGGAAAGGGGCUCUGUGCGGAGUAUGGGCAGGCUGCCUUUUGGAGCGUUGCCACGGUGGGACCCCCUAAUAAUAAUAAUAAUAAUAAUAAUUUAUUAUUUAUACCCCGCCCAUCUGGCUGGGCUUCCCCAGCCACUCUGGGCGGCUUCCAACAAAGUAUUAAAAUACAGUUGUCUGUUAAACAUUAAAAGCUUCCCUAAAGAGGGCUGCCUUCAGAUGUCUUCUAAAAGUCUGGUAGUUGUUGUUCUCUUUGACAUCUGGUGGGAGGGCGUUCCACAGGGAGGGCGCCACCACCAGGAAGGCCCUGAAUAAUGUUCUUAUUUCGCUGGGUUCCCUGUAACUUGGCUUCUUGCAGCGAGGGAACCACCAGAAGGCCCUCGGCACUAGACCUCAGUGUCCGGGCUGAACGAUGGGGGUGGAAAUGCUCCUUCAGAUAUGCUGGACCGAGGCUCAUGGUGCCCCCCCCUCUCUCCCAGUCUGCAAGAGCUGCAUCGUGAAGUACCUGCAGACCAGCAAGUACUGUCCCAUGUGCAGCACCAAGAUCCACGAGACGCAGCCCCUGCUCAACCUCAAGCUGGACCGCGUCAUGCAGGACAUCGUCUACAAGCUGGUGCCGGGACUGCAGGAGAGUAAGUGCGGGGAGGGAGCGGGGGGGGCCCUCCUGCCUCCUCUGGGCCCCCCCCCCAGGGCAGGCGUCAGGGCAGCAGCCUCUGAGGAGAAGAGGGACAUUGCCUGCUGCCCCUGGUGCCCCUGGGGGGCCACGCUGGGAGGGCCUCCACUUGCAGGGGGGCUCCACCCUGGGAGGGGCCUCCACCUGAGCACAGGAAAGAGACAAGCCCCCCCCAUCCUUCUCCCCCCUUUUGGAGGGUCAGUGCGAGCUGGCCGAGAUUUGCCCCCUGACUCCAGCGACGGCCGGCUCUCUUCUGCCCCCCUCUCCCCCCCCCCACAGGUGAGGAGAAGAGGAUCCGUGAGUUCUACCAAUCCCGCGGCCUGGAGCGCGUCAGCCAACCCAGCAACGAAGGUGGGGGCGCUUUCCUUUUGACCUCCCCCCCCCAUCCUGCACCAGCAGGGAACGGAGCAAAGGAGCCUGAAUUGGGGGGUGUGGGGCAGGAGGAGGAGGAGGAGGAAGAGGAGGGGUGGGUUGCCAGGCCUCCUUUGCGGAAAGGGAGGGGGCGCAGGGGUCCUGACUGCUUCCUCGCCCCCCCCCCAGACUCAGCCUCUGACCGCGUGGGCCUGCCCUACACCACCUUUGACCACUCACGGGCCCAUUACUACCGCUUUGACGAGCACGUCUUGCUGUGCCUGGAGAAACAGAGGUGAGGAUGGCGACCGGGGGGGAGUGUGGUCAAGGGGGGGCCUCUCACAGGCAGACCUGGGGCAGGUUCCAGUCCUCGCCCGGCCCUGUCUCCAGUGGUGCAUUUGCUGGGGGGCCAGAACUGUGCCUUUGCACCUCCAGGCAGUGUCUGUGGGGCAGCGGCAGGAGGUGGUCUCAGGGACACAGCCAGUGCCGGAUUUACGUAUAAGCUAAACAAGCCGUAGCUUAGGGCCCUACUCUCUUUUUGGGGCCCCCAAAAAAUUUAAAGGAAAAAAAAACACUGAACGUACAUUUCCAAAAUAUAAGAUAAAAAGCAAAUAAAACCUACACACAGCAACAGUGUUUUGUGUUGGGUAGGCUCCUAAGAUGUAAGUCAUGGGCCCCACCUGCUAGCCUGCUCCCUAAAAUAUAAAAAAUCUUUUUAAGUUAGAGCUUAAUAAUUAUUUCACUAUUAAUAUACUUCUGAACUGUAUUUCACUGUUAAUAUAACAAUUUGAUAAAAUACAUAUUUUGUAAUGUGCAAAUGGCUUGAGAUACCUCUUAGGCCCAUCAAUGACCAUAUAGCAUCUACCGUAUUUUUCGCUCCAUAAGACACACUUUUUCCCUCCUAAAAAGUAAGGGGAAAUGUGUGUGCAUCUUAUGGAGCGAAUGCAGGCGGGAGGUAGGCGGGGAAAGCCCCCAAGCGCCGCCCACACGCUCCGCGCGGCUCGUGAAAGGGAGCGCUGAGCAGAGGCCGGGAUGCAGACAGGCUCUGCCCAGCGCUCCCUUUAAAAAAAAUUUUUUUUCUUGCGUUCCCCCUCUAAAAACUAGGUGCGUCUUAUGGUCAGGUGCGCCUUAUGGAGCGAAAAAUACAGCAUUCAACACAAAAAACUGUGACAAUUUGUUAUUGGACAAAGGACAGCUGGGCAUAGAAAGGGCCCCGUUACCUUCAGGAGCUGAGGGCCUCAUCCAACCUCAAUCCGGCCCUGGACAUAGCACUGGACUGGCCUGCAGGGUCCCAGGGAAACUUGAGGCAGCGGGAUGGGGGGGCAGUGAAAGUUUGCCUUCCCUGUAGCGCAUGGCUUGACUCGCUUGCUUCAGUUACCCAGAGUUGCCGACUCCACAGGCCCCUCCGUGGCUGGGGGGGGGGGGGCUCUGGGCUGCAAGAGGGAGUUUGCCACCUGCCUGUUGGCAUCCUUUGAAGGGCAGCCGUCCAGUGAGCCUCCCGGCCGAGUGGGCAUGUGCCCCCCAGCCCUGCCUGGUCUUCAGCUCAAGGCUCUUUUUGCUGCUGGGGGGUGCGUUUUCCCACUGGGUGGGGUUGCAAGAGAUGGGCGGUGGGUCUUCCCAGCUCCUGGCUUCUUGUGCCCCUCUAGAGGUGAGCCCCCAGUGCCCCACAACUAGCCUGCCAGUGGGGGGGGGGGCUCUUCCCUCUCCCUCCUCCAGGACAGGCUGCGGUGCCCCAGCAUAGCACUAGGGGGCGCUUUGGUGCUUCCAGCACAACCAAGGCAAGGAGCCACCGGCCUUUCUGGGGGGGGGGGCGCAGAGCAAGAGCCGGGCCCCUUGGGAAAUGGCAGGGGCUCUUCUCCAGCUGGGGGGGGGGGCGCCCAGGAAAGGAGGGCAUCAAGAAUGAUUGGGCAACACGAUGACCAUAUACCUGCGUAAUAGACAAUCUUUGUAGAAUUCUUUCAAACAAUAACAAGUUCAAAAUGAAAUCUUAGACUCAAAGUCUCUGAAAGAAUAUAGAAUUGUUUCAUAAACCCAUCUUACUUCGAAUGAAUCUAUGUGAAUGAAAAUAUCAAUUGCUGUGGAGCAGUGCUCGUGUGACGACAUCAUUACAGUGAUUGCAUUAUUACCUGAAACAAUUCUAUAUCCUCCCACCACGCUGACAAAGAUCUACGAAACAGCAGUCAAUAUCCGGAAUCUCUGUUCAAUGUUGGACAUUAUAUUUGCGGAAUACACAAAGCUUCACAGCUUAUCUUUCAUCAUACAAAGUUUGGUACCUCGCUUCAUUUAAAGAUUUUCAGAGGCUUUGAGUCUUAAGAUUUCAUUUUGAACUUGUUAUUGUUAGAAAGAAUUCUAUAAAGAUUAUCUAUUACGUAGGUAUAGGGUCAUCGUGUUGCCCAAACAUGGUGGACGUUCUCUUUUGCAACACAGGGGUUUGUCAGGAAAGGAGGGCGCAGCUCCUGCCCUCAGCAUGGUUUCCUCUCUCUUCCCCACUUCCCGUGGGGAGGAGGAAGGGGUCUUGUGGGUCGCCCCCUUUGCAUAUCCCCUGGUGGGGCAGAGAGCAUGGAGAUGGCUUGCUGGCGUGGCUCUCAUUCCCUUUCUUUCUUUCUUUCUUUCUUUCUUUCUUUCUUUCUUUCUUUCUUUCUGCAGUUCUGGGAAAGAGAAGAACAAGUACAUCCUGCAGGUGAGGAGGCCGGGAUGUGGGGGGGGGCUCUUGCUGCGGCACAAGGGGGCCUGGAGACCUGGCCAGGUGGGAGGAGGAUAAUAAUAAUAAUAAUUUUUUUUAUUUAUACCCCGCCCUUCCUGGUUUAAAAACCGGGCUCAGGGCGGCUAACAGCAAAUAUAAAACAUUGAUUAAAAUGCGACUUAAAAACAGCAUAAAACAGCAUAGAAUACAACAUCAGAGGCCCCUCGGACCUCCGGCCCCCCAGGCCCACUUGGACUCUCCCAUCUCCCCCUCAGCCAGCGCCGUCUUUGGCAUAUGCACCGCUGGGGUGCAAAGAUCCGCCCGGCACCCCCAAAUUUAGUUUAGCCACCCCCAGAUUUUUGGGGGGGGGCGAACUCAAAGUUGUUGACCUUUUUGGGGGGAGGAAAAUCGCUCACCUGUAACAACGGCGCAGCAGAAAUGACCGCUUUUAUUUCCUGACUCGUUGGGAAUAUUUGACCGGGGGGGGGGGGAGGACACUUUCGCUCCAUUGCUUUUCACUGCCACCAAUUGAGAGGGUCUGGUAUACAUUCCCCCCCCCCAAUACAUUUGGCACCCCCCAGAAUUUGAGGCCCAGGUGCACCACACCCCUUGUGCCCCUUGGUAAAAACGGCCCUGCCCUCAGCACGCCCCCCUCCCCAUGAUCCUGCAGUGAGAGGCUGGCAGCUGAUGGCCAGAGCGUGGGGGGGGGCUCCCCACCCGGGCGCUCGCACAUGCCCUCCCUUCUCUUGGCACCGUCUCUGCCGUUCCUUGAGAUGGAGACCUGGGGGGGGGGGGUUGUGUGAGAGAAAACACCCCCGGGAUGGAGGGGAGGGGGCUGCCUCUCCCUUCACCCCCAUUUCAAUUUUCCUUCCCUCCCCCAGCACAAAUACGUUCGCUGCUCGGUACGGGCCCAGAUCCGCCACCUCCGCCGGGUUCUGUGCUGCCGAUUAGAGCUGGCGCUACAACACGUGAGUAAGGGUUGGGGUGGGGUUGCCGGUCUCACUUCUGCAGGCUGCAAAGACCUUUGUUGCUGAUCCUGGGCAGGGGCUCCAACGCUGAGCUUCACCCCCCCCCAAAAAAAUGGCCAACCUCUCUCUUUUUAAAAAAAAAUAUUUUAUUUUCAAAUUUUAUAAUCACAAUAAUUCAUAAAUUCAAUGUUUUUCCAAUCAAUCACAAAAAACAAUGAACAAUAUAACUUCCUUCCACCCCUCCCCUGGAUUACAAAAUUUAUUGCACCUCAUUUUUUCUCCAAAUUCUUUGUUUUUCCCUCUUGUUUAUCUUAAUUUCCAAUUAUUUGCUUACAUAAAUGUUACAUCAAGCCCGCUAAUGUUUUAAUAUAUUUACAGCGGUGUUUUAAAUAAUCUAUAAAUCCCUUCCAUUCCUACUCCAACUUUUUCUCAACCUGAUCUCUGAUCUUCGCUUUCAUCUUUCCCAUUUCAGCAUAGUCCCUCCUCUUAAUUUUCCAUUCUUCUUUUGUUGAUCUCUUCUCCUGUUUCCAAUUCUGGGCCAGCAAAAUCCUUGCGGCUGUUGUCACAUGCAGAAAUAAGCUUUUUAGGUCCCUAGGUCUUCCCUCCCCUGUUAAUCCAAGUAAAAAAGGCCUCUGGUUUUUUGGGGGGGAAGGUAUCUUAAACCUCUUUUUCAAUACAUUAUAUAUCAUUUCCCAGAAGUCUUUUCCUUUUCUACAGGACCACCAAAAAACGGUGAACAUCUCAUCUUCCUUGGAAGACAGUUAUUGGGCUAAAGGCUCAGGAACCCCCUAAGUGAUUUAUGUGAGAUGUGGGGUGUGACCCCCUUGCACUCCCCUCCCCGAACACGGAGGAAUUGCUCCCUGUGGCUGUUAGGAAGCAGCAGCCGGGGGGGCGGGAUACAUGGCUGGGGCUUGGGAUGGAUGACCCUUUGGGUCCCUUUCAGCUCUGGAACCCCAAGAUUCUAAAAUGAGCAUUGCCUGAUCUCUGCAACCCCCCCCCCAUGGCAGCUGUUUUGUGACUGCCCCCUCUCAAAAUCUGAAAUGCGAAAAAGGUUGGCAGCCCCGGGGUGGGUGGGUGGGUGGGCAGGUGGUCUCCCUGCAAGGAAACGGGAAGGUGAGGCCCCUGCCCAGGUGUGGGGAGGCAGCCGGGGGUCCCACCUGGCAGGUGCUGACGGGACUCCGCCCCCUCCAGGUGCAGAUCCUCUUCAACAACGAGGUGCUCCCCGACCACAUGACCCUCAAGCAGCUCUGGCUUUCUCGCUGGUUUGGCAAGGUACGUGGGGGGUGGGUUGUGGGGGGUGACCCCCCUCUCCCCGGAAAAUCAGAGACACUCACCCUCCUCCCCUCUCUUCCCUUUGCAGCCGGCGCCUCUGCUGCUCAACUACAGCGUGAAGGAGAAGAGGAGGUAGGGGGGCCGUGGGACGGGCUGCAGCCCCAGCCCCGCCCCCCCAUCCCCCCCGCUGCCCUCCCUCCCGCCCCUUAACUUAAGCCCUGCCUUCUCUUCAAUACGAGUCUAUUUUUUGGAAUAAAAGCGCUGAAAAACCGCACGCCCCGUUGGUCCCUGCUGCCAGAGCUGAGCAGUGUUUUCCUAGGAGAGCAGGAAAUAAUAUUCUCAUGUUGUCCUCAUCUGCCCCCCCAAACAGUGGGAAUUGGGCAGGAAGGGGGGGGUCUCCUAGCGCCACUCAGAGAAGUGGCAGUUCUCAGAUCGGCCAGCGGGUGGCAGCGACGCUCCCGUUUUCAGCCUUUGGGGGGGGGCUUGAGGUUGGAAUCCCUGCAGGAAGGGAGGAGGGAGCCCAGCCCACCCCCCUCCCCAUUCCUGUGCAGUGAUUUAAUGCGCCGCCGCGUUUACCAAGCGGCAGUUGCUGCGCUGGCUGGGGAGAUUAAUCUCCGUCACCCCCCCCUUCUCUCCGCCCCCCCAUUUUGGGUGUCAGAAUUCCAAUGAGGAGUGAUGAGCAAAUAAUGAUCCUCAUUCCAGCCCCCCCCUUCUCCCUCCACCAGAGAUAAUGGGCGAUAAUGCAGUCAUGAGCUCCUGAUUGCUUGGGGGGGGGAGACGGGCACCCCCCUGGCUCGCAGCCAAUUAGGAGCUGCUGUUGCGGCCAAUGGGGGUGGCCAUCUGGGCAGCUGUCAGAAAACAGGAGGGGGGAGGGCGUGUAGCAAGAUCCCUGCCUGGAGUCCUUGGGAUUUCGGGGGAGGGGGCCGUUUGUCCACAUGCAGCCUGGGCUGUGAACCAGCCCCCCCCCCCCCGCCUGCCCACUUUGAUUCCUGGAAACGUAACAGGUGCCCCUGAGCUCUGGCCUCAUGCCCACAGCUGGAGCCGGCCCUCAGAGUGGGGGGGCUCCAUCCCCUCCCUCCUUGCCGACUCCAUCGCCAAUUCCUCUUGGCCCUGCAGCAUUUUUGGAGAUGUCUUCCUCUGGAGUAAGCCUUUCCCCCUUCAUUUACUCAUUGCGUUUAUAUCCCAGCCUUCCCUCCCAGGGCUCUCCCCUUUUAAUCCCCACAGCCAUUCUGCGAGGGGGGCCGGGCCGAGGCAGCAGGGACUGGCCCCCAAGGGCACAGCCAGUGAGCUUCGUGGCCGAGGGAGGAUUUGAACCCGGGACCCUUCUGGGUCCUAGCCCAACACAAACCGCUGUGCCACGCUGCCCUUCCCCUGGCGGGAGUCGUUUUCCAGUUAUGGUGGGAAGAGAAAGAUUUGAGGCGGAGGAGCGAGGUCUCCGGGGUUCAGGCUCCAGCCUUCAGCGCCUGUCUUGGCCAUCUCUGUGGUCCAGGGGGGCCUUGAAUGGACAGUGGCAGAGCCCACCCUCUCCUGGGGGCUCCACCUCCCUUCUCAGGGAUUGCACAGUCCUGGGGGGCAGGAUUCCUGCCGGACGUGGUGGUUCUUCUCCUCCAGCCUUGAAUUUGGGAGCCUUUGGGAUCUAAGCUCCAUCCGGCUCUUGGGGCGGCAGAUCAGACCUGGUCCCUCUCCCCUCCUGUGGUUUCUGGCACCUGCUGUUCAGAAGCAUCGCUGCCUCCAGAUGUGGAGACCAGGCAGAGCCAUCGUGCCCAGAAGCUUUGGACAGCCCUGUCCCACAUAAAGGUGUUUCAUCUUCUUCUAAAGCCAGCCCUGCCUCCUGUGGGAGGGAGUUCCGUAGGCCAACUGCUUCAGAUGGCCAGUUCUUUUAUUCAGGAGGCCUCCAUCCCACGGAGCCAAGCCCGGCCAGCUUGCAGCCCCCUCCCCAUUUCCACUUCCCAUGCCUUCUCCACUGGCUCACCGGGAUCCUUUUGUUGUGAUUCCUGCAAUUCUGGGGGUUGGACUAGAUGACCAUGGGGUCCCUUCCCACUCUGCAGUUCUGUGGCACUGGAGUCUUGGCAGAUGAGACCCCUUUUGGCUUCAGUGGCUGCUGCCUUUUUCUGCCCCACGUCUUUCCUGGGGGUCCUUCCUGCUGUUCUCCAGGGCUUUUUCAUAUAUAUAAAUUUUUGUUAGUUUUUUAACAUAUCAUUUUCAACAGUAAUUAAACAUACUUUUACAUCUUAUUCAAUUUUUUGGGCUUCCAUCAAUCCUGUCUGAAAAUUUUCCAAUCUAGUCUCUUAGUAUGCAUUUCUUAUUUUCCCUAUUACAUUUCAAACUCAUAACCAAUAUCUCUAUCUUUUCCUGCUUUGUAACACUUCGUAUAUUUCUCCUUACAAAACUUCUUUUUGUCCUACUAGCGUAAUUUGUUGAUUACAGAUGCUCUUCAAAUAAUCUAUAUACUUCUUCCUAUCUUCUGUGAAUCUCUGGUCCUGCAGGUUUCGAAUCCUUCCUGUCAUUUUGUCCAAUUCUGCAGAGUCCAUUAAUUUCGUCUGCCAUUCUUCUUUCGUUGGAAUUUCUUGUUUCCAUCUCCGGGGCUUUUUCAGCCUGCCACCAUCUUUGCUGAUUUAGUGUCAGCCCAGCUCAGGUUGCCCACAGCGCCACACGGCCCACACUCGAUGCCUUUCCCUGUGCUGAGACAAGCAACUCUCCUUUCUGAAGCCCCAGAGCGCCUGCGGAGGUGUCCCCAUGGCCAAUUUAUUGCGUACCCAUAAAUAUCUUCCUUCCCGACACCAUCACGAGGUUUUCCAUUCUCCCGCAGGUCCCACCUGGUGUUGGUCCUUGCCAAACUCCAUUCUGCAGCUGUCUGCCCAGCCCAGCAAAAUGUUUUGCAGCCCAUGCCCGCUUUCUGUCACCUGCAGAUUUUGCGUGCCCCUUCUCUGCUGUCACCCGAAAGUGCCGAACGGCCUCUGGAUCCAGCCUUGACCUUGCGAAACCCUUUGGCGCCUCUCUCCCUUUUUGACAGCUUAGCAGGUUUAACUGAAUAAACCCUUUUAUAUUGAGAGAGGAGUCCGAACAGCUGUCCUCUGGUUCUGGGCUCCCCUUUGCAAACCAAACGCACAGGGGUGGCGUCUCCCAAGUAAGGCUUGGCUUGUGCUGUGGGCCUGAUCCAUUCUGGCGUCUGCAGGGGAUGCUAGGAGAAGCAGGGCACCGCCUGGCAGCAGGUCACGGUGAAGGACAACGAUGAAGGAGUUUGAGUUUGCCCCUCCUUCCACUUUCCGAAAGUCCCUUGGUUCUCCUCCAGCUCCAUGCCACCAGCUUGCUCUCCUGCCUUUGGGGGGCAGGUCCACUUCUCCGCCCCCCCAGGCCCACCUAGAGCUGUAGAGUUCAUCUUCUCCAGGCUAAACCUGCCCCUUCUGGAGUUCUGCCUUUGCCACCUUCGCCUCCUGGGUCUCUCCUCGCCUUGGCUUUGUCUGGCUGUUUCCUCCCCAAGUGAAAUGAUUUACAGGGCACUGGCUGGUAGUUAACCCUCCUCUUGCCCUGCGCUUAACCCCUGAGCGAGGGCUGCUGCUGCUGACCCUGAGCCCCCGCCCCAAACCGGGGAGGGAGAGGGGAGAUCCGGUUACCCUGGGCUGGCCCUUCCCACCAAGACCAGCUGUUGGUGAUUUCUCACAGUGUGGCAGCAGCGCUGGCAGCGUCAGGGAGAUGGGCCGGGGUCACGCCGCCCCCUACCCCUGUUUGGAAGACCCGGGCCUUGCUAAGUACCUGGUGAAACGCAGGUCGGAGGGUCAGGGAUCAAAACCAUCAGGCUGCAGGACCGAGGGCCAGCGCUAAGUACUUGCAAGGAUGGGCUCAGCUGCCCCUUGCUAAUCCCCACGACUCAAAAUGAGCUGGCGCUGAGAGAACUUGCAAAGGCAGCAGGGUCCUUGAAAGGGGAGGCUACUGCUGCCUCAUUGUGCCCAUUUUACAGACAUUGCGAAACAGCCGCUCCAAAAAAGAAAAAUUCUCCAGAUGUUAAGCCUUUGGGACAGGCCUGGGGGGUUUUGUCAGCCCUUGAGCGGCUUCCAGAGUUUCUCUUCGCCGCCCCCCUCCAUUGUUUACACCAACUAUUGGGGUGCUCCACAUCUGAGUGGAGAAACGAAGAACAUCAGAAGGGCCUGGCGGCUGGAUCAGGCCCAUGGCCCAUCUAGGCCAGAUGCCCAGAACAAGCAGCCAGCAGUCUCCUCCUGGGGUUUCCAGCAACAGGUUUCCUGCUGCCUCUGACUCUGGCGGCAGAGCAGAGCCGUCCUGGCUAGAAACUUAUGAGUCUCCUCCAUGAAUUUGUCCAGUUCUCUCUUGAAGCCGUCCAACUUGGUGGCAGCGAGUUCCAAACUUUUGCUUUUGCUGCGCCCAUUUCCUUGAUGAGGUGGAGAGCCAAGAAGGGGAGGGAUGGAGGUGGGGAAGAGGUCCUCUUCCCAAAGCCCCUCCAAGAGUCCAGAAACCAGAUCUGUCAUCUCAGCUGCCAACUUGGCCUUUCUUAGGAGUAGGGGAAAGGGUUGCCCGGCUGACAUUAAGGAAGCAAGAAGCAGCUUCCCAUGAGAAUUCAUCCAGGUUCUUUAAGGUGGUCGGAGGGACCCUCCAAGCCCAUGUUGAAUUUUGACACACACACCCUUUGUUGCCAUUGCUUUUAUUGCUCUGUGAGGGAAAUGCACUCUGCACGUGCCCAGGAGUGCCCCCGCUUUUCAUUCCCAGCACGGUUGAGAAUUCUUCCCUGAGACCUUUUACUCUCCAGGAGAAAGCAGCUUUUAUGGAACAUGACUAAUGGAGGGAGGGAUGGUGGGGGAGACAAGAGAGCGUGGAAGCGCUUUGAUAUCACCCCCUCCCUGGUCAUGCUCUGGGCACUGCUAAUGGCCGCAGGCUCCAAACUGCAGGGAGGGGGAAACCUGAGCCCCCCUCCCCCUCCCCUGCAAGCAGUUAAUGGGGGGGGAGGGGGGGAGCUCAAGUUCCUGAGUUGCAGCAAAGUGGGUUGGGCUGGCCGUGAGGAAGAGGCCCCUGGACUGUCUGCAACACACGCACAGUCAGUGUCUGGUGCGCAGCCUCCCCUCUAACCACCCACCAGACCUGCUGCUUCUUCCCGGAUCACCAGGCUGCCUCCGAGUGCCACCUAGACAAGACUCGGCUCAGUGGGAGGCUGGGACUCUGGAACUCACUGCCACAAGAAGGCUGGGAGUGUGCAAGGGCCAGAGCACCAGAGGCUCUGCACGCAUAAGCCCCGAGGCCCCUUCCCCAGCCGCAGCCGCCUGGAGCUGUCCCAGACUAGAUGCGCAAGGGGGCCAGCCUAGGAUAAGAGAAUUGCAGAGUUUCCCAAGGGUCCGCUAGUUCGGAGGCAGCUUCCUCUGUCCCAGCCAAGGGGACUGAGGAGGGUUCGCCUCUGGAAGGCAAAGGUUCAGCAAGGGGGGCAGCCAGGACAGGCCCUCCAGCCCCCAGGCAUCUCUCAUGGCAUCAGAGGGUCCUUGACUCCCAGCUUGUGUGAAGGACAGGCUCUAAGUACAGUGGUACCUUGGUUCUCAAACUUAAUCCGUUCCGGAAAUCUGUUCCAAAACCAAAGCGUUCCAAAACCAAGGUGCGCUUUCCCAUAGAAAGUAAUGCAAAACAGAUUAAUCCGUUCCAGACUUUUAAAAAUAACCCCUAAAGCAGCAAUUUAACAUGAAUUUGACUAUUUAACGAGAUCAUUGAUCCAAAAAAUGAAAGCAAUCAACAAUGCACUGCGGUCCCACAAUCAAUCAGUAGCUGAACUGUGACACAGUCAC